AUGGAACACAAUCUCGACGAUGCUUUGAAUUUGGAGAGUGCUAUAGGAGGAAUUGACUUUGAGAAUGCAGAAGAUGUUGUAGUUAGCCAAGCAGAUAUUAAUCUGGAUACUAGCACCCAAGGAGGCGAAAUAGCUAUGGAAUUUGAACAUAUUGAAGAACAACCUAUUCUCAUGGAUUCUGGCAAUGAAGAAAUAAUUGUUUCAGAUUUUAUGGGUGACCAAUUCAACCUACAAGAGUAUUCAAUUCAUGAUGAUCAAACUACUGGGAUGACCACAACUGAAGAUUCUAAUCAACAAGAUUUAUUGGCAAAUCAGUCGGCAAAUAUAGAUCUCCAAUUUGAGUCACAAGAAAUGACACCACCAGUUAGGGUAGGAGUUAAAGGGAAACAAAAAUAUAUAGCAGUGAAGGUAUUGUUGAACUCUCAUUAUAAUUUCAUCAAUAAAUGCAAUAUGUAUCUUAUAAAAAAUACAAUUGAGGCUGCGUCUCCAGCUAUAGCACCUAAAAAGUCUGACUCACAACCAUCAACAGCUAUCCCACGUCAGAUAGCUAUAGCUCCAAAACUACCGAAAUUGAUCCCCGCUGUCAGUACCAGAUGCACAAUUCCUCAAACCUCACAGGUUGCAAUAGCACCACAAUCGGUUGCAUUGGUUGCAAAUCGAAGUAAUGUCAAGAAAGUACCUAUAACUACAGUUAUGAAAGAUGGUACACAAAGUGGCACAGUUUUAGCACAAAUUGGUAAACAGCUGGUUGUUAUGCCCUCAUCUGGAGGCGGACAAAAAAUUAAAUUAGUGACUACUGGCAACUCGGGGGUGUCAACUGUUCAAUAUGUUAAAGCUGGAUCUGAUCUGGCCCAGCUGAUUCCAGCUAAAAAUAUUUCUGGAUUACAGACAAAUAAACCAAUCCUAGCUAAAGUUAUCCUUCAAGGCCAAUCAAACAUAGAUUUAUCCAACCAGCCUGCUGUGAUAACGAAGGUGGUGAUGGGAUCCCCUACGGAAAAGGGCGUAAAAUUUACUGGUAAGGCUCGAAUUGACGGAGCCAAAACGAAAGUUGUGAUAAUGCCAAAUUCCACACAAACUGGACAGAAAGCUGUUAUAAAGACAACUGCCUCACCAAAGACGGCUCAAAUAACGAAAGAUGGAAAAGUAUUGAUGCAGGGCCAGAGAUCCCAACUUCAUCAAGUUAACAUCCCUGGGAAAGGAGACGGCGAGAUAAACGGAACUGACGAAACUAUAACGGUUCUCUGUUUACUACGAAACCCUAACAAUAAUCAAACUAAAACGGCAUCCCUCUUACAGAUUCAAUACAUAAGGUUGAUAUCAAAUCAAACUUCGAAUGAAGGGACGACGGUCACCAAGCAACAGAGUGGCUCACCAACCACAAAAUCCUUCGUGCUCAGCGAUAGUAAAGGCAAAUUGGUGCAAAUAUCGGGCGUGAAGCAGCCGGGCGGUGUUCCGCCACCCCUCGUGUUCACACGUGUCAAGGAUAAACGGCAACAAAAACUUGUGAGGAUAGCGGCUGCGCCAUUAACAGCGACAGCAACAGCUGUAUCGCAAGCAUCGUCUCGAUCUUCGCAAAGUUUACUAGUACCACUACCGAGUGUGGAGGAACCGACCAGCGGGGAACACUUCCCUCCUCCGAUAUCACACUCCAUCCAUGAUACCACACACUCUACAGAUGACCCACACUCCGCAACUGAUCCCACACAAUCAACACAAGACCCUACAUACUCAACACGAGACCCUACAUAUUCUUCGCAAGACCCUACAUACUCAGCGCAAGACUCAACAUACUUGGCGCAAGACCCGAUACAAGAUUCGAUACACUCCGUACAAGAUUCGACAUACUCUAUACAUGAAGCUGACUCACCACAGAGAAUAUCGCAGAGAGUGCAACUGGAGUCAUACCAUAUGUCAGGGUCAUUAGACGAGACGGAAGAGGUGGAUAAUAAGGCUGCAUUGCGCGCACUCAUAGCUGAGCAACAAGAACAACAACAGAGUCCAGAUGAGAGCGAACACUCGAACAGUAAUAAUAGUAUGGAACAUCUAGUGCCUAUGGGUAGUUCAGAAGAGCACCCCUUGAUCGUUAUCUCAUCCAACUACAUGAAGCAAGAAUCCAUUGAUAACAACAUGAGACAGAAGUCCGAUAUGCUCCUCCUGGCGCUCAGAACGACAAAAGUUCUAAGCGCCAAUAGGGUCAAUUUAGAGUUCUUAGCUGAGAACUUUAGUUUGCUUGAAUCUUCACAUGGGCUCGAGUGCGGCCUAAUUGUAUUGGACGAUUUUUGUUUUCAAAAUUUAAUUACCUGA